GCUCGAGCUCGAGGAGCUGUUGCUGAGGGACUUCAUCAGCGAGAGCGCGUUCGCCCGACUCCGUGGGAUUAACGUUAACUUACCUCAGACAGAGCGCUAACAAACGAGGAGACGUUGCUGUUUUUGAACGAGUAGAGCUCAUUUACACACCUAGGCGUUCACCUGAUACGGGGAUAUAAAGGAUAGACGUCGGUUAUGUUAGCUUAGUUAUCCAGACCCGGUUACCCACCUAUCGUAGCUAACGAACUCGGCGAAAGUUUCGGCUCAUGCUAGCAGCUCGCCAACGUAUUUUUUUAUCAUUUCACUGAGGAAACUUUCGAGUCAGAGGAGUCGGCCAGGAAUGAACGACACUGAAUUUGUGUCAGCUUUAUAAAUGAGGACUGCGGACAGCAACGCGAGGCUCUUCUCUUUCCCCUGCAUCGCACAUGGGGCGACCCAGAGGGACUUCCUGGGCCACUGAGACGUGACUCUGGGCCUGGCGCCGUCUCCCCAGUCCCUGCUCUGCAGGCCCGGGCCUUCUCCGACAGACCGCGGGGUAAAGGCCUAUAGCCAUGCUGACAUUGGGCCACGAAGUGACCAUGCAGUCAUUACAGUGUCCUGAUGUCAGCAUGAGGAGCAAGUACUCCCAGUACUACAACAAGACCCUCAUUCAAGUGCACUACAUGUGUGCCAAGAACCUGACCCAAAAGGAACUGGAAGAACGCAGGGCAGCAAGAGAUGGGCCCAGCACGCUGAACAUUAUCUUCAUCAUCAUCUGCAGUAUCAUUAUUCUGGAGAACCUUCUGGUUCUCAUCGCAGUGUUCCGGAACAAGAAGUUCCACUCCGCCAUGUUCUUUUUCAUAGGGAAUCUGGCUUUCUCUGACCUGCUGGCCGGCUCGGCCUACAUUGCCAACAUUUCCCUCUCAGGUCCAAGGACUUUUGAGCUGGUGCCCGUGCAGUGGUUUAUAAGAGAGGGCACUGCUUUUAUUGCAUUGGCAGCAUCUGUGUUUAGCCUGCUAGCGAUUGCCAUAGAGCGCUAUAUUGCCAUUACCAAAGUGAAGGUUUAUGGCUCCAACAAGACCUGCCGCAUGUUUCUCCUGAUCGGAACGUGCUGGGUCACCUCCAUCCUCCUCGGCGGCCUGCCCAUAAUAGGCUGGAACUGCAUUAACAACUUGAGCGAGUGUUCCGCCGUUCUGCCUCUCAACUCCAGGCACUAUAUCCGCUUUGUUGUCAGUAUCUUCAGCAUCAUCCUCCUCUCUAUAGUCAUCCUGUAUGUCCGCAUCUACCUGAUUGUGCGCUCCAGCCACCAAGAGGCCACUAACACUCAGGCUUAUGCCCUUCUCAAGACCGUCACCAUUGUGCUGGGCGUCUUCAUAUUGUGCUGGCUGCCAGCCUUCACCAUCCUCCUGCUGGACACCUCCUGCAACAUGUCCUCCUGCCCCAUCCUAAACUACGCCAGUAUCUUCUUUGGCUUCGCCACGCUCAACUCGGCACUGAACCCACUCAUCUACACGCUACGCAGUAAGGACAUGCGCAGAGAGUUCCUGCGAGUGCUCUGCUGCUGGGGGCUGUUCAAUUGCGGACGUCCAGCUGACCGCUGCAUGGUGCCCCUCAAAAGUUCCAGCUCUCUGGACCACUGCACCAAUAAACAUGAGCACCAGUCCACACCCAUCAUGCAGGACUGUACCACUUGUGUUUGAGCGUAGGACCUUUCAGACUCUGAGCAAGGUCUCCAAGCAGAUGUACAACUGAAAGGAAGUUGAGGUGCACCUCAGAAUCUCUCCAGAAUGGAGGUGAGAGACGAAAGACGACAGAGUGACGCCAGAGAUGUCGGCUUUGACUUAGUCUGAAUCAGUCAGACCUGUGUGAAUUCAUAAUCAAUAUCUGUGGACUUGUGAGUUUAGAGCAAACAGUUGUGGUAUGUACUCAGUGUUGUUGUUUUUUUAGGACCCUCACUGAAUUUUUUCACUUGUUUUAAAGCCGUUAUUUUACAACAUUUGCUUUCAGUAAGAAACUUGCGUUUUUUUUACUGUAUUGUUCACAUAAAGAUAGAGCCAAGUCAAUGCCAUUUUCAGCCCUUUGGCAGUGACCAAAAAAUUGUUUUAGCCUCAGCAAAAAAAUUGAGAUUUUUGUCUUAAAGCAAACUUUAAUGUAAUGCACUUUUAAGCUUUCUGUGAUUGUAUAUAUGACUGACCUAUUAGUCACUGGGUCCAAAGUCACAUGAAUGGUAGGUUUUGGAGUAAUUCAGCAGUCCUGAUUCAUUGGCAGUGAGUGAGAAAUUACACUCCGCAGCGCUCUCCUCCUGAGCCAUGAGUGCAUGAGUGCAAAACCUUCCUACGUAUUCCAUUAUAUAAGCGUAAUUCCCUUUGAUUUACUACAGUAAAAAGCAAAGUAUUCAGUUUUAUUAUAUUGCAUGGCAUUCUAACCUGUGUACAAAACUAAUGUAUGGCUUGUUCAUGUACAAUUUCAUAAUUAACCCUUUUUCUCUGUCUUUCUCAGCCUGGCCUUUGCUUGUUGUACUGUAUUUCAUAAGAGGAAAGCACAGCCAGAAAGUACAUUUGUAAAGUGAAAAUGGCACUGACGUUUCACUGUGCUGCCAGUAAUCUGCUAGGCUUGUCUCGACAACACUGUAGCAUCGCUGCAGCGGCGUGUCCUUUCUGUUUUGCGCUCUCCUGAAACUGAAUGUAAGCAUGAAGUGUUUGGAGCAAAAGCUUCGCCUUGUGACAGUAUUACUGAACACUGAUUUUUGUCUUGAGCUGUCAGGGGACUAGAAAAGAAUGGUAUGUAAGUCUUAAAAAAUGACCAAAUCACAUCUGACACCUUUCACUGAUUGACAGACAUGGCAUUUGAUAAGGCAAGAAAUUGUGAUGUUUGGAGAAACAAAUAUGUCACCUCUCAUCACAUUGUGCCCCUAAAGGCACACACCUUUGGAGAAUAUAGGGCUCCUGAGAGUGCAUGUCAUAGGUUAGAGGUUAAUUAUUCUCUCAUCUGAAAGCCUAAAACUUCCCACUUCCUGCAGCCACAGGACGUCCACUGUUUCCUACGGUACGUCCUGUUGUUCAGGACUGACCUCAUCCUUCAUCGUUGUUCUCGCACACCACUUUUUCUCUCAGACAGGCACACAAACACAAUUUUUUUAGUCCCAAAAUAUCCUGCAGUCUUUUCUUCUCUUGAUCAUCAGAGAAAGCACUUUGGCAGCUCUUCCAAAACCAUCCUUAAGCAUCUUUCUUCACUCAUUUUUUUAUGGAGACUUGUCAAGUCUGCAAGCAUACCUGUCGCUUCCAUUCAGUGUAAAAAUGUUACCUAACCCUGUGGAAAUGAAAUGUGUUUUUUAUUAUGCAUAUAUGAAAUUAUGUAAUGUAUUGUUUGUAUGUGUAAAAUGUGUAUAUGUAUGAAUUGUCUUGUGUGCAAUAGCCUUGUGUGUCUAGUAGCAAGCUACCUGUGUUAAAUCGGUACAACACUAAUAUUGGUACAUACACGUUUUGUUCAUUCCUUUUAUACAAAAUAAAUUAAAUACAAAAAAAAUUAUGUUUUGCUUUUUGUAACAACUUUUGGCAACAGCUGGUCCAACAGUUUUUUUAGGAUAAUGUGUUGGUAGGGGUGGGCAGUGUGAUAGGCUAGUAUCUUUAUAAAAUAGAUUACAUCAAAUUAUGCUUUUCUUAGCACAUUGUAGAUAUCGUCAGUACGAGAGUGUGUUUCAUUUUAAAGACAGCAUAACUAGGCCUGUUUAAUUGGAUUUUGUUCAGCACAGUUCAUUAAACGUUUAACGAUCACAUUAAA